AUGGAUCCUAACCAAAUGCCACCCCCACCACCCCCACAAGCUGGGUUCUACAGAAACGGACAAGUCAUGCCACCCCCAGCACCAAUCAGUCCACCUCCACCAUUUAUGAUUCCUUCUCCACCUCCUCCACAAUUUGUUGACCCAGCAUUAUAUGGAAUGAUGGACUAUGGUGGAUUCCCACCCCCACCUCCUCAUAUGAUGCCACCACAAAUGAUGCCGCCACCAGUUGAAAAGAAGGACAAGGAUGAUAAAUCUCCAAUUAACAUUACUGGUGGUAUUGGAUUAAUGAAUCGUCAAUUCUCACCUGCCAGUUUUAUGUUUCAUCCAUUUACUUAUUCGCCGGUGAUGUCCCAAUCUCCACCUACCCAACCACCAGUUCUAGCAACAGCACCAGCAGCACCAGCACCAGCAGUAGCAACCAACAAUAAUUCGAAACAAGGAACUCCUACUCCAAACUCUCGCGAAUUACAAGGAACAUCACCACAUUCAUCUGGAAACAAGCGAAAGACCGGGAAAGCCCCAGCAGGUAAGGCUCCAGGUGGCAAUCACAUUUAUAGAUCACCACUUUUGGAAGAAAUUCGAGCCAACCCUAAGGAUAAAGAGUUUUUCUUGAAGGAUAUCUAUGGUCAUGCGGUAGAAUUCACCAAAGAUCAGUAUGGUUCAAGAUUUAUCCAGCAAAAGUUGAAUAGUUCCAGUGACGAAGAGAAGGCGACCGUUUUCAAUGAGAUUAAAGAUAUCUCGUAUGACUUGAUGACUGAUGUGUUUGGAAACUAUGUUAUUCAGAAGUACUUCGAAUAUGGAUUGAAGGAUCAAAAGGAGUUUUUGUUGACCAAGAUGAAGGGUCAUAUUUAUGAAUUGAGUUUACAAAUGUAUGGAUGCAGAGUUGUUCAACGUGCCCUUGAAUCUUUGAGUUUACCUGGACAAUUGGCCAUCAUUGAUGAACUCAAGGAUUAUAUCUUGAUUUGUGCCAAGGAUCAAAAUGGGAACCACGUCAUUCAGAAAUCGAUAGAGAUGAUUAAGCCAUUUGACAAGAUUAGAUUCAUCUUGACUAGUUUGAGUGACCAGAUUUACCAAUUGAGUAUUCAUCCCUAUGGAUGUCGAGUCAUUCAGCGCUUGCUUGAAUUUUCCAACUUGGAUGACCAAAAGGACAUUCUUGAACAAUUGAAUAGGUAUAUAUUCUACUUGAUUCAAGACCAAUACGGGAACUAUGUCAUUCAACAUAUCUUGGAACAUGGGAAUGAAAAUGAACGUAAUGAGAUUUUGAAAGUGGUUACUGGGUCAGUGGUAACCUUCUCCAAGCAUAAGUUUGCCUCGAAUGUCAUUGAGAAGUGCAUCAAGUUUGGAAGCACGGCCCAAAAGAGAAAGAUUCUUGACGAAGUCAUGAUUGGCAAUGAAGAUUUCUCUAUGGAAUUAGUGUCGGAUGAUUCAUCACUUGCAUUGAUGAUGAAGGAUCAGUAUGCCAAUUAUGUCAUUCAGAAAUUGGUUGAAGGGUUUGAUUCAAAGCUGCCCGAGAAGAAGAGACUUGUGCUUAAAUUGAGACAAUAUUUGAAACAGAUUUCCAACAAGAAUAAUUAUGGUGGGAAACAUUUGGCUAGUGUUGAAAAGAUGAUUAUUGUUGCUGAAACUGCUUUAGACGAUUAA